CGGCAUUCUUACACAAAGCUGGAUCUUUGUGAAUCAGUUUCCCUUGCUCGUUUCAUCUUCCGCCGUGCGGUUUGAUCUCGCAUAUGCCCUCCUAAAAUCCUAUUGAUAUCAAAAAUGAAGUCUACUAUGCUUUUCGCUCGUUAUGUUCUGUUCGGUCUUUUCGUCGUCUGUAAUGCCAUCAUAUGCAGCGUUGCUGUAUGGAAUCACAGCCUCGUCCAAGCUACAGGAGGCCAGACUGUGCAAGUCGAUGUCUAUCUCAUAUUCUUGGGCGCUUUUAGCCUUACUUUUAUCUUUCCAAUUAUUUUUGCCGACUUACUAUGUACCGAUCCACUCUCUGCGCGAGUGUGGUUCGAGUGCGCAUGGGUGACGAUCAUCUGGCUCAUGCAAUUAGCUGGUGCGGCCGCUGUGACCGCAAUUGCGCCGCAUAUUCAAUGCUCCGCCCAAGCUACCGAAGUGAAUAACAAUUCCUGUUUUUCGACCAAUGUUCUUGUAGCUUUUACUUGGAUCUGUACUAUCAUAUUGCUUCUUUAUCUGUCUCUUCUAUUCGUGACCGCGGUUACGACGCAAUGGACCGAUCCAGGCGUAUGGCAUCACAAUGUUCGUUAUCUCCGCAUGGUGUCCACUCGGCAAUGCCUGCCUAGUGCCCAGAACUCACCGAUAACUCCUCGUUUCGUCAAAGGGCGUGGAACAUCGGAAGCCCAUAAACCUCGCUCGCUUCGCCCAGUUGCUCCGAAUCCGGUCUAUGGAUAUCGUGCUGGACUUGGUCCUGAGUACGAGAUUGAACAUUAUCGCCCACAUGAGACACAACAUAAUCCCGUGGAUUCCGCCUUGUCAUUGCGUGAAACGAUGCCUGCCCACUCUGUAUCAUAUCCUUCCCCUGCUCGUGUUUACUCGCAAAGAAUUCGUGGUUUGAUUCCUCCAGAGAUGGAUCUUCCACCGUUACCUUCUCGACUUCAUACGGCCAUCACCUAUUCAAAGUCGGUCCAAUCAUCAAUAUCGGCGCAUGAGGCGCGAGCAUCGUCCCCAUCCCCAUCACAUCCAUAUUCGUUGCCGUUUGACUGGCCGCGAGCAAACUCUACGGAACAACCUUUCAGGACAAAGAGGAAACCGCCACCUAGCACCUCGCACUCGGUCCAGUCAUCAAUAUCGGCGCAUGAGGCGCGAGCAUCGUCCCCAUCUCCAUCACAUCCAUUUUCGUCACCGUUUGACCGGCCGCGAGCAAAUGCUAUGGAACAACCUUUCAGGACAAAGAGGAAACCACCACCCAGCACCUCGCAGGAGGCGCGAACAUCGCCCUCUCCAUCGCCCCCAUCCUCAUCACCAUUUGAUUGGCCACGAGCGAAUGUGAUGGAGCAACCAAUUAAGACAAAGAGAAAGCCGCCACCCAGCGCUUUCGAGUUUCCGAAACGAAGCGCUCAGGCUCCGUCGGAGCUCUUUUCUGAUGCUCCUCCUGAUUCAUUGACACAUCCCCGCACUAGACGGCCUUCUGGUCCUCGCGUACGGCCACCAUCAGCUGACGAGACACAGCACCCUAAUCCUCAUUUGGCUCGCCCCGCGUAUUGAUAUAUAUACGAUGGGAGCUGACAGCGAACUUUGAAGUUGAGUUAGGAAGUCGAGUAUAUCUAUAUGAUACUUGCUAGAACACGAUAGAACACUUGAGUUUUGUGAGCUGUAAAGGGUUGACCCAGAGAGGAAAUUGAAUAUUGUUUGUCGCGUC